GGAACAGAAUGGAAUGGAGCGGCGAGGAGCAAGAUGGCGGGGGUGUCGGGAGUGUCGCUCGUGAAUACUAUACAAUCGGAAAUAGAGCGUGCCAGGCAGGAUUUAAAGGGUGUUGAUGAAAACUUACGAAGGCUAACUGGCAGGGACUUCAAUGACCCCAAUCAGCGGCCAGACCUGAGGAGGGUGCGUCUUGCGUCUGGCAGCAGGGAUGAUGAGCCGCCUGCCAAGCGACGUCCACCAGGUGGAGUGUUCGCAAGGCUAGGGGCAGUGGUAUUGGAUCAGCAACACCCAGAGCCCCGGGGAGACUUACGGAAUGAACUGCGGGGAGACCACAGGGGAAUUGACAGGGGAGAUCCCCAUACAGAGUUGCGAUCAGAGAAACCCCGGGGAAGGCGAGUUCAGGAGGUGAUGGACACGGAGGAUAAGCUCCCAAAACCCUCUUUGGCCUCGUCUGUUGCCCGUCCAGUGCCGGACAGCAAGUCCCGUUCAGAGGCUGCUGCAGAACUCACUAAGGAUAGAGCCUCAAGGGACAGGAACCGGCGCAUGUUUGGUGCUCUGCUUGGUACUCUCAAGCGCUUCAAGAAUGAUGAGGCUAAGCAGAAAGACAAGGAAGAGCAGCGUGCAGCUAUAGAGAGAAAGCUUGAAGAAAAAGGGCGGGCAGAGAAGGAAGAGCUGAGAAGAGAGCGGUUGGAGCUCUUCAAUCAGAGGAAGGAGCGGCAGGCACAGAUCCGACGCCUCACCAUUAAGAUGGCCCGUGUGAAGGAGCACGAGGUCUGGGAGGCGCACCAGAUGAAGCUGGCAAAGUUCAUCCGCACUGAAUCCUCUCCUGCCAUUUUCUGGGUACCCCGCCUACAUAAUGCACGCACCACUGGUCUUGUACGAACCACACACGACAAGAUCACCGGGGAGCUGGAGCAAGAUCGCCUGCGCAUGAAGGAGGAGCUGGAUGAGAUCCUGGGAUCCCGAGGAGAGGACCGGGAGGGAGCGGAUUUGGUGGAGGAAGAAGAGGAGACCUUCGUUCACAGGGGGUUGCGCUCUCAGGUGGCCAAGCAGGGGGAGGGGGGUGGCAAUGACCCUCUUGAUAAUUGUCCAGAUUUGUUAGAUUACGAGGCGGAAGAGGGAGAGCUAGUGUAUGAUGAGGCAGACCUGUCAGGUAAGGAUGACAACGACGACACCGAACGUAUGGUGGUACAGGUGGAUGGGAGGGGGGAGGGGGGUCGUAAGGUGGAGAUAGUGGCCAGUCAGCCUGGUGAGGAGGAUGGGGAGGAGGGGAAGAGUGGGGGAGGACUGGGGAAUGACAGCGAGAAAGAAAAUGAGGGCAGGCGCAAAGACAGAGAUAGAAACAGGGAGGAGAGACACAGGGAAAGAGACAGUAGGAAGAACAGGGAUAAAGGGAGAGAGAAGGAUAGGAAUAAGGAUAAAGAAGGGGAAUCUCAUAAGGGAAAGGAUAGGCCUUCAGGGAAAGAAAAGGAGAGGGUAACAGCAAGGGAUAGCCAUAAAGAAGUAAGAAAGGAAGGAACCAAGUCCAAAGACAGUUCAGAGGCACAUGAAAAUGAGUCUGACUUAUCAGCUACUAUUGUUCAUAUUAAGAUUGAAAAAGAGGAUGACACUGGCAUUACUGAAACUACACCAGUGCUUAAGAUUAUCAAAGAAGAAAAACCAGACAAAGCACCCGCUUCAGGAAAAAAGACAGAGAAUUCUGAGGUCACUGUACCUGCUGGUGGUGCUUCUCCUGUUGCUGUGGCUGCUGAUGGCAGUGCUACCUCUACUGCAGACAUUGAGCUUCCUCCCCCUGCUGCUGCUGUUGACCCAGCUCAGUCCCCUGCUAACAGUUCUAAGCAGCCCUCCAUUUCUCCUACUGGUGCUGCUUCUCAAGAACAUUCAGUGUCUCCUAUACCAAUGAAUCCAUCACCACCUGCAAAGACAGUGUCAGAAGGUGACAGAGAUAAUGCAGGUGAGAGUAAGUCACUGCAGAAAGACAAGGAUGCAAACAUUGAUUUGGGUAUUGGUGACCAAACCAACCCAGAACCUCCUUCAGAAAAGCAGCAGAACCUGUCUAGUGAUACCACAGUGCCUGACAAACAGACUAGUGGUAUGAAAGAUGUCGGCACAAAAGUCCCUGCCAGGGCAAAGUUACAAAAAGAUGACAAGAGGAAGAGCAAACGUGACAAACUUAAGAAAAAGACAGAUAAGAGAGUUGUACCAGGGACAAAGAAAAACUCUGGUUCCUCUGAUGAGAGCAGUAGUGGUAGCAGUGAGAGCAGUAGUGACAGCAGUGAGAGUGACAGCUCAGACUCUGACAGCUCUUCUUCCUCAUCCUCUGACUCUGGUUCCUCCUCAGAUUCAGAAAGUGACUCAAGUUUUUCAUCCAGCUCACAUUCUGAUUCUGACUCUGACCGUGAGAAAAGAAAGAGGAAGAGAGCAAGGAGGUCCAGAAGUGAUGACAGCAGCAGUGACAGUGAGACAGAAGGAAAGGGAAAAAGAAGAGUAAAGACUUUUGAAAAGAGUAAGCAGCUGAGAGAGGAUGGGAAGAUUUCAAAAAGCAAAGGGAGGGAAGAACUUCACAGUGAUGAUGACAAGGCCAAAAAGGAAGUGGGGAAAAGGGACAAAUUUAGAGAAGGAAGGAAGGGAAAGGAGAGAGAAGAAAGUCGAAAAUCUAAGGAAACAGAUAAGGGAAGGGAAAGGGACCUGGAGCUCCGGAAGGAGAAGGAAGUGGCUAAGAGGGGAGGAAGUAGAGAGAAGCGAGACAGAAACAGAGAGCAGAGGAAGGAGAGAAGUAGGAGCAGAGAAGACAGGCGGGGUGGCAGGAAAGACAGGCGAUAGAGUGGUGAUGUAACUUGUGAGGUAUUUUUUCCCCAAGUUUAUUUUGGGUCAUGUAUUUUGUGUACAAAGGGACUAUACAUUUUGUAGUGACUGCUGUGAUUGUUAAUAGUUUGUUUUGCUCAGCCUAAACAUUACACUUGGCUAAGGAAGAAGUCCAUACAGGAAGCAUGCAUUUAUGAUCCUUGCUUCAGCUACAGAGAAAGCCAUGGCUGAAUAUUUCCAGCAUUCACUGAACGCUAACUGAACUUGACUAAAGAUUAAACUGUUGAUUAUAUAUAUUUUUUUGUGACUUAAUCAGAAUGUGUACCAUUUGUUCAGUCAUGGUAUAGUUAGAAUGUCAUCAUUGCUAUUUCUUUAUAUUUAAUGAUAACUUCCUUUCCAGUACAUGUCAGUGACUUUUUUUGUGAAAUAAAAGACCCCCAGACA